UCUCCCGAAUCGGGACGUUUAUGAAUAAUUCUCGUGAUAACUAGAAUAACCGAAAUUUAAUUUUCAAUUCCGUCUAAAUCUGAAAAUCAUUCGAAGUAGCGCCUCAAGAUAAGAAUAAAAAUUCGGUCUAUCCAAUGAUGGAGCUUCUCUGGAAGAGUGGCUAGUAAUUUUUAUCUACGUUUCUUGCGAUUUCGCUGGCAAGCGAGAGAGAAAUAAAAUUAGUGACAUUAGCGAGGGGUGAGGACCGGGAAACCAAUGUAUACUUACUGUGUAAACACGUACUGGGUUAUUCAGUCUCAAUAAAAUUUCCGCCCGAAAUCUUUUGUACCCCAUUUCACUUUCGUAAUUUUCUUCUAUGAAAGACACGUACGGAUUCAUGAGAAAAGAAAGCCACAAGUGCAUUCGUAUAUGCGUUUAUGUAUCUGAAGCGAAGGAAUGAUGAAAUCCGAGAGGUAGGUGAACUACUGUAGUCUCUACACUCGUCGACGCUAACGAAUUUCCAGGAAUACAGACACCAAUAUGUCGUCUGUUUCUACUUCGUCGCUGUCAGAGUCGUCAGAUUUUGUAGAGUACUCUCAAGCGCAGUCGUCCACGGUAUCAUCGGGGGAACAUGAGGAAAUGAGAAGGAAAGUUUAUAUGAGGAAGAAAGAUAGGAAGGCUAGCGGUAAUCAACACAGCAGCUUCAAGAGUGUUGAUGAUGAUAAAGCGAGUAGCGAUUCUGAUACUCCACCAACAAACUCAUCGAAGUCAACUUCAUGUUCAUUGACAUCAUGUGAAUCAAGUUAUGGUUCAUGUAACUCUACACUCUUCAGUCAAGUGCCAUCACCGAUUCCGAGUGAUUCCAGCUCCUCCCACGAGUAUAAGUCGUCAUAUUCUUCGUCAGAUAGUUCAUAUCUAUCCAGUGAUGAUGCUAAUGAGCAAUCGCGUCCAAAAGACACAUCGAAAACUGCAGGACAGAAGAUGAUGGAAGAAGAAUUGGCCUCUGAAAAUUUAUUCAAUUCGAAUUGCAUCGCAGAAGAUAUCAAAUUAUACAAUGAAUCUAAUGAGCGAAAAAACCAGGACCACCUUGAAAACUUAAAAUCCAAUUAAAAUGUACAUUCAAUAUAAAUAUUUCUACUCUCUUAAAACGUAAUGAAUAAUGUAGUAAUUACAGUGGUAUAUAACCAUGAAUUCAAAUAUAUAACGGCACUUGCCAGUGGAAUUGUA